AAACAAACGAUACAAGGCGGUGAAAUUUAAUUUUGUUUCAUUUCUAGCGACAAUAUUGCAUCAGAUUGAACGCUAGUAUAAAAAGAGUUGCCUUUGGAAUCCCUUUACAGUAUUGCGUAGAAUAAACUGAAGAAGAAUGUAGAAUCUUUGGAUAAUUAUUGCGAAAACGGCGCGAUGUGGCCGACAGGUCAAUGACAGUUGUAAUAUAUUGUGUGGCGAUUAAUAAAAAACUAAGCAUACGUGGCCCAAUUUGAAGACACAAACGUUUGCUGAACCUAAAAAGGAAAAUGGCUGAGAGCAGGAAUAGCCCUGUCUGCUUUGAUGCAGACAUAAAUCUGUUUGCUCCUGUGGAAGAAGCAAAUGGUGCCUGUAAUGGUGCAACACAUGAUAAUUUUACAUUGCCCAGUGCAAAGACAUUGUUGAUAAGCCCAAAUGAUGACGAGUAUGACUUGUUGCUACGGCAACUACAGCAAAGGUUACAAGAUGGAAAUGGAGAAACUCUGUAUGAAGUUGGUGUUGGAGAUGGAGAUGCAAGUGGUUUGAGCAAGGAAGAUCUUGCAGCAUCAAUUGCAACUCUAAAGAGUUUGACAGAGACAUGCGGAGUUGAAAUGUUCUCUCUGAGGGAGAAGACAACAACCUCAGGAAGAAUGAUUGCCGAGUAUUUGCUGCGAAGGAAAGUUGAGGAUGAAGAUUUUAUUGAAGUUCGUGUUGCUGUGGUGGGAAAUGUGGAUGCCGGAAAAAGUACUUUGCUAGGAGUGCUCACACACGGUGAACUGGACAAUGGCAGAGGAUUUGCCCGCCAGAAACUCUUCCGACACAAACACGAGAUGGAGUCUGGUCGCACCAGUAGUGUUGGAAAUGACAUUUUGGGUUUUGACAGCCAAGGGAAAGUUAUCAACAAAUCAGAAGUACAUGGAAGCAAUGUUGAUUGGCAAAGAAUCUGUCGAGAGUCCUCCAAAGUGAUCACAUUCAUCGACUUGGCAGGACAUGAGAAGUACCUGAAAACAACAAUCUUUGGAAUGACUGGCCAUGCUCCAGAUUUUGCAAUGUUGAUGAUUGGUGCAAAUGCUGGCAUUAUUGGGAUGACCAAAGAGCACCUUGGUCUGGCAUUGGCUCUUAAUGUUCCAGUAUUUGUUGUCGUGACGAAGAUAGACAUGUGUCCGCCAAAUGUGCUUCAAGACACAUUAAAAUUGCUUUCAAGAGUCCUCAAAUCACCUGGAUGUCGCAAAAUACCAAUGACGAUCCAAAACACAGAUGAUGUGGUUGUCUCUGCCACCAACUUCGUCUCGGAAAGGGUGUGUCCAAUAUUCCAAGUUUCCAACGUUUCUGGUGAAAACCUGGACUUGUUGAAAAUGUUUUUGAAUCUUCUCUCAUCCGGAGGAAACUACAGUGAAAGUGAACCCGCUGAAUUCCAAGUUGACGAAACUUACUCUGUGCCGGGAGUCGGAACGGUAAUUUCAGGGACAUGUCUCCAAGGAAUUAUUCGUUUAAACGACGUUUUGUUGUUGGGUCCAGACUCACUUGGGCAGUUUGCUCCGGUCACUAUCAAAGGUAUUCAUCGUAAACGAAUGCCUGUUCGUGAAGUUCGAGGCGGGCAGACCUGCUCUUUCGCUUUGAAGAAGAUCAAACGCAACCAGAUUCGUAAAGGAAUGUUCUUGGUAGACGAACGUCUGAAACCAACAGCUUGCUGGGAGUUCGAGGGAGAGAUUCUUGUCCUCCACCAUCCAACAACCAUCAGUCCAAAAUACCAAGCAAUGGUUCAUUGUGGAAGUAUUCGGCAAACGGCAACCAUUCUGAACAUGAAUAAAGAACAUCUACGAACAGGCGACAAAGCGUUGGUACAUUUCCAAUUCAUCAAGCAGCCUGAAUUUCUGAAACCUGGCACAAGGAUGGUGUUCCGUGAAGGAAGAACGAAAGCUGUUGGUACCAUCGUGAACAUUUCUCCAAAUCCUCCACCAAAACCAGCCGUCGCGAAGUUGAAACCGCGAGUACAUCAUAAUAAACAUCGUUACGGGAAAAAGAAAACAAGGACUACACCGACUGAACCAAAAGCCGAAACGCAAAAAGGGUGAAACUGUGUAACUCCAAGAAAAAGCUCACAAGCUUACAUCGCAUAUUAAGAUGUGCCCAGGCGCAUGCACAACUAGGUUUAAAUUUUUACGGCUAAACAUAAAUAUCUCUGAAAGUUGAGGUUCUUUUAAUCGUAGACUUCUUAACCGAAUCGUUUUAAAACUUGAAGACGCUAAAAAGCAUAGAACUAACUUUUCUUUUAGAGAGUAGCGAGUUUAAGAUGAACCAAAUUUUCGACGCAGACGUGACAUGAAAAUUUCCACUAGUGCGAGGAAACCAGUAAUGAUUUGUUUUACAUACGGCUCUGACUUUGUUUAUCAAAGAGUCUAUAAUUUUGGAAAAUUCGAGCAGUAUUACUUCACGUCCGUGUCGUAGAUUCGUACAUCUUAAACUCACUAGUAUUGUAUGCACGAGGAUUGGUUUUAAAGACAACUCUUUAAUCAUUUAAAUUCUUAUUUAUUAAUCGCUUGGUACUAAAACAACUUUUUAUCUUACAAGGCAAAUAACCAGACGUGUGUUAACGUAUUGAAAUUAUAUAUUACCCGAUCA